AUGGAGAAAGAAUUACAUACGACAACACAAGUGGAAGACAGCGCUCCGGGAAUAACGCUCUCUACUUCCGAAGCAGUCGCAAAGUAUGAGGAGAAUCAGCAUUUACAAACAAGGCUGAACGCCUUGAAAGAGAAUUGGAGGGGUGUCAUUUGGUGUCUCUACUCCUUCUUUAUCUGCUGCAUGUUCGGCUACGACUCCUUGGCCGGAUCUGCAGUCAUCUCACUUCCUGCCUUCAGACAGACUUUCGGCAGACCGUACGAUGGGGACUAUGUUGUGGACGCAAACUGGCAACUAGGCUUCCAAGCUGCUACACUCGGAGGAAUUGUUCUUGGCGGCUUCAUCACAGGUUUCGCAGCUCAAAAAUGCGGGCGGCAAAUUUGCAUAUUCGCUGCUUAUUUCUUCACGAUUGGAGGUGUCGUCAUGCAGUACUUCUCGUCUACCCCAGCUGAGUAUUUUGGUGCCAAGAUCUUGACUGGUUUGCCGCUCGGGGUGUUCACGACGAUUGCACCCACUUACGCUUCGGAGAUUGCUCCUUUGGCUAUCAGAGGUGCUUUGACGUCGGGUAUGAACUUCUCCAUUGUCCUUGGACAGUUGAUCGGAUUUGGUGUGAUGAGAAAGACCACGUUGGGCCAAUAUACAGGACCGAUGUCGUACCGCAUUCUGUUCGCUGUGCAGUGGGGCUUUGCUGCUGUCGGUCUCGCGUUCUUACCAUUCUUCCCAGAAUCUCCUUAUUGGCUCGUUGCUCACGGUCAGAUCGACAAGGCGCGAAGAAACAUCGUCAGGCUUCACAAUAGCAAUUACGAUGUGGAUGGUCAUCUUGCUGAGAUCAAGAGAGCGUUGGAUUCUCAACGAGCCGAGAAUGAGACUUCGGGUUCAUACAAAGAAUGCUUCAAUCAUGCGAACUGGAGGAGAACUUUGGCAGCGGUCAGCACAAUCUUUAUCCAGAAUGCAUGCGGAAAUUCCUGGGUCAUCGGUUACAUGAGCUACUUCAUGCAACUUGCCGGCUUGUCUGCAGCAAAAGCGUUCGAUGCCACAGUCGGCCUUAGUGGAAUGAUGGCCGUUGGAAAUAUAUGCGGUUGGUUUUUGGUCGAGAAGUUUGGACGUCGAGGGACAGCACUUUAUGGGUGCAGCAUUCUUUGCGUCACUUUACUCGUGAUCGGUAUCGUGGCUUGCAUCAAUACCACUAAUGCCAUCUGGGUUCAAGUCGCCUUCAUGGCCAUCUGGUCAUUCGUCUACCAGGCAAGCAUCGGAUCCUGCGCAGGACCCAUCAUCGCCGAGAACCCAACAUCACGUCUUCGCGGUCCAACACAAGCUCUAUCAACCAUGAUGAACGGGCUCAGCGGCUCCAUCUGGGCCUUUUGCUUGCCCUAUGCUGUCAACCCUGACCAAGGCAACAUGGGAGGCAAAAUCUCUUUUGUCUUUGGAGGAAUUUUAGUGUUCGCAGUCGUGUUUAUCUUUUUCAUGAUUCCAGAGUCUAAGGGUAGAACUUAUAUUGAGAUGGAUGAACUUUGGAGUCGAGGCGUUCCGCCGAGGAAGUUUGCUAGUACGCAAUUGCUUUCUUUGGAGGGGAAGGGUGAUGAGGUGGAGGGGAAGCAUUUGGAGGAUGCGUGA